GAGCUUGCUUCUCUCUGUCUCUCUCUCUCACUGUGUUUCUGGGAAGCUUGCGGGGUGCGGAGACGGUGGCGGCGCCGGGGAUGACGCCGGCGACGGCGGAGGCGGUGGAGGAGCUCACGCGGCUGUACCGGGAGCUCCCGCCGCGCCCGGCCGUGGAGGAGGUGGAGGCGGCGGCGGCGGUGCUGGCCUCGGCGGACGCGGAGGAGGAGGCGCGGCUCGCCGAGGCCGACGGGGAGCCGGCGGCGCGGGCGCGGGAGGGCGUGCCCGCCGAGCUCCUCGACGUGCUGCGGGAGGCCAGGCGCAACGCCAUCAGGCUCCGCGCGCUGCAGCAGCGGAAGGAGGCCGCGCACGUCGUCGAGCUCGAGAGGAGGUUCAAGGUCUUCGACGACCUCAUCCAGAGGGCGUCGCGCGUGGUGUCCCCCGGUGAUGAGGGAGGGGGCUGGGGUCAUGCCGCCGCCGUCGUCAACGAGGUCGUGGAGGUGGAGGCCAAGCGGAAGCCGGAGCUGGCGGCAGCGGUGGCUGCCGCGGCAACAGAGAUAGACCGCGGAAGCAAGGGCGGAUUGGGCUUCGAAACCAAGUCCGUCUCGUCGCUGCGUCGGGCUGCUUCUGCAGAUAAUGACACAGAAAAACUGGGCCUUAUCCAAGUGGCAAGCCUUAUAGAGUCAUCAGCAAAGAAGGGGACUACAGAGCUCAAUCUCCGGGGUAAGCUGGUGGACCAAGUUGAGUGGCUCCCUGUUUCACUUGGGAAAUUACAAGACGUUACUGAGCUUGAUCUAUCUGAGAAUAGGAUCAUGGCACUCCCAUCAACAAUCGGUAGCCUUAGAUACUUGACAAAGCUUGACCUCCAUGCAAACCAGCUGAUCAAUCUGCCUGAUACCUUUGGGGAACUUUCCAGCCUGAUUGAUCUUGACUUGCGUGCAAACCAGCUUAAAUCUCUUCCUUCAUCAUUUGGAAAUCUCACGAGCUUGGCAAAUCUUGACCUGAGCUCAAAUAUGUUGAAGGUCCUUCCUGAUUGUUUAGGAAAGUUAACAAACUUGAGAAGGUUAAUUGCUGAGACAAACGAGCUUGAGGAGCUACCAUAUACUAUUGGAUCUUGCACCUCUCUCGUGGAACUUAGAUUGGAUUUUAAUCAGCUAAAAGCCCUUCCAGAAGCCAUUGGAAAGUUGGAAAAGCUGGAGAUCCUCACAUUACACUACAACAGAAUCAAAGGCCUGCCCACAACAAUUGGCCAGCUUACCAGACUGAGAGAGCUGGAUGUCAGUUUCAAUGAAGUUGAAAUUAUCCCUGAGAACAUUUGCUUUGCGGCCAGCCUUGUGAAGUUGAACGUCAGCAGGAACUUUGCCGACUUAAGAGCACUGCCAAGAUCGAUAGGGGAACUUGAGAUGCUAGAGGAGUUGGACAUCAGUAGUAACCAGAUACGAGUACUGCCGGACUCGUUUGGUUACCUCUCCAAACUACGGGUAUUUGUUGCUGAUGAAACUCCACUGGAAGUACCACCUAAAGAAGUUGUGAAAUUAGGAGCACAGGAGGUGGUUAAUUUUAUGAAGAAUAUGGUUGCUUCUAGGGGAGCAAGCCAGAAGGAAACAGAUAAGAGGAGCUUCUGGGCCUGGCUCCGCACGCUGUUCGGUUGUUGCAAAAAGGAUCAAGGAUUGGGAUCAGUUCAGCUUAGCUGAAGCAUUUCAUCUGUAUAGUCAUGAAUUGUUCAGUGUUGGUCCAUGUCUCAGAUCAGCGAUGAAAUAAGACAUGGAUAAUUAAUUUUAUUCCCCUUAUAUUUGUGUCUCUGUACACAAAGGAUGUAUCUAGCAUUCUUGUACAUAAGGUUCAUUCUGUGUGUAAGUUGAUAUGUAUAAUACUCGAUACGCUGUCAUGUCACACUCCAUUACAUGAAACACGAGCUGUCCAGAAUUUGCGCUGAGCCAA